AUGUCCCUUCUCGUGGAGACAGUAGGCUCUCGAGGGGCCAUUGCGCGGAGCUUCGCAUCGGCGUCAUCACCGCUGGCCUUGUCAAGGAAGCACGAAACGACCGUGCUGCGAAGGAUUGGCGUAUCGUCGUCAUUGUCGUCCUCAAUUUUGUUUCUGGCAUCUCCUGCUCCGCGAACACAGCUGAAGAAGCGAUAUUUCAGCGCCAAGUCAGCUCGGAGAGAACAAUUACGUGAAGCCGUCUCCGCGCAGAGGCAGCGGCGAGGCCCUCCAGCCGUCGACAGAAGCGCGUCCAAAGUCUUCAAGAGCGCCGACGAUGCCAUCGCCGACAUCCCCGACGGAACUACCAUUCUGAGUGCGGGCUUUGGACUCUGUGGCGUUGCAGAUGUGUCCGAUGGAGUAAGCCUUGAGCGGACGCAGAGGCUAAUCACCGAGUACCAUCUUCUUGCAGAAACCCUGAUCGAUGCGAUCCGGAAAAAAGGAAUCCGCGAUCUCACCGUCGUCUCCAACAACGCCGGAGCCGGUGAGUACGGACUCGCGAAGCUGACCUCGACGGGCCAGAUUUCCCGCAUGAUCGUGUCGUUCAUCGGCAACAACAAAUCGCUGGGCAAGCAGUACCACGACGGCCAGGUGGCGAUCGAGCUGUGUCCGCAGGGGACGAUCGCCGAGCGUCUGCACGCCGGCGGGGCGGGGGUCCCGGCGUUCUUCACGGCGACCGGCGCGCGCACGCUGAUCGAGACGGGCGGCAUCCCGCACCGCCUGGGCCCCAAGGACCCGCAGACAGGCACGCACGCCGUGGUCGAGCCGGGCCGACCGCGCGAGACGCGCGUCUUCGAUGACGGCCGCACGUACCUGCUGGAGACGGCGCUGCGCGGGGACGUGGCCAUCGUGCGCGCCUGGAAGGCCGACGAGGCCGGCAACUGCGUCUUCCGCACCACCACCAAGGCCUACGGCGUGCUGAUGCCCAAGGCCGCGCGCCUGGCCAUCGUCGAGGCCGAGCACAUCGUGCCCGUCGGCUCGCUGGACCCGGACCACGUCCACCUCCCGGGCAUCUACGUCGACCGCAUCUGUCCCGCCACCUCCCCCAAGCACAUCGAGAAGCUCGUCCUGGCGAAGACCUCCUCCUCUUCGACUACUAACGAGGAGCAGAGCUCCGAGGACGUCAAGCGUAACCGCAUCGCCCGUCGUGCAGCCAAGGAGCUGAAGGACGGGUACUACGUCAACCUGGGCGUCGGGAUCCCCACGCUCGCGCCGUCUUUCUUACCCGCCUCGACCAAAGUGUGGCUGCAGUCCGAGAACGGCAUCAUCGGGAUGGGCCCGUACCCUUCGUCGCGCGAGGCCGCGGACCCAGACACGGUCAACGCGGGCAAGGAAGCCGUCACGCUCGUCCCGGGCGCAUCCACGUUCGACUCGGCCGAGUCGUUCGGCAUGAUCCGCGGCGGCCACGUCGACGUGUCGAUCCUCGGCGCGCUCCAGGUGUCCGCGCAGGGCGACCUGGCCAACUACAUCAUCCCGGGCAAGGCGUUCAACGGCAUGGGCGGCGCCAUGGACCUGGUCAGCAACCCGGACAAGACCAAAAUCAUCGUCUGCACGUACCACACCGACAAGGACGGCCGGAGCAAGAUCCUCGACGAGUGCGAGCUGCCCCUGACGGGCAAGGGCGUCGUGAGCAUGAUCAUCACCGAGUUGGCCGUCUUUGAGGUCGAUCGCGUUGGGGGCACGGGUCUGACUCUGACGGAGACCGCUGAGGGCGUCACGGUGGAUAUGGUCCGAGAGAACACGAGGGCGAAGUUCACGGUGGCGGAGAAUUUGGGCACGAUGGAAUGA